AUGAAACAAAAUCCAAAACAACUUAGGUGGAACAUCCACAGCAAAAGGGAAGGAAAACCAGAUGACGAAACAACUUAUAAUAAAAAUCAAAUUAGCAAAAACUACAAUCAUAUCAAUACAUUAGAAAAAACUAGUAGCAAUCCAAUGAUAAUAUUAACAACAAGAAAAACACAUCAUAACACUAUAGAAAUGACAGUACCAAUCACAAAACAAAUAAACUGA